AUGAUUACAAAAAGGCCCCAAAUUGGAAAAAAUAAAACAAAAGUCCACUACGGGCCAAAAAACAUCACAAGGAAACGCGAGCCAUUAAAUCUCCUCCUGAAUUGCCUUAUUCUUGAUGGAAUCCUCCGGUUGGGGGUUCCAGAUUCACCUCUUUCCACCAUCCCGCCAUCAUCUUGGGUGUCCUUGGCGAGGGCAAAACCUUUAGGCUCUGAAGGGGCCACCGUCUCUUUAUCCACUAGAUGGCCAUCAGAGACAACAUUAAGGAAGUCCAAUUUUCUCCUAUCGAGCUUAGGAUACAAGAAGGAAACUUGCUCAUUUUACUUCUCAAAGUAG